GUGACCCCGGGCGGGCUAAGGACCUGCUGCUUCCCAAACGCCAGAGGGAUGCGGGCGGCAGAGCGCGAGAGGCGGCGGCCGGGCUGCGGGGCGCUGUGACGGUCCCUCCACCCAGCCUAGUCGCGCGCCUCUCCUCUGCCCGCUGGCCGCCUCCUCUCUGCCCCCUUGGUUCCCGUCUCCUGCUCCUCCUUUGCCCCAGCCCCGUUCCUUAUGGCAGCAGCUCCCCGCAUCCGGGGCGCAGCUUCUCAGCGGACUAUCCUUUCGCUCCCGGGGCUGAGCCGGGUCACUGGAUGUUGCUGAAAACUCCCGAGAUCAUGCGCUGCUUUGGCCGCAGCCUCCCCGCCGGCUGUCCCUGCCGCCGCUGCCCCCGCCGCCUCCUCUGCUGCCGUGGUCCCCGGGAUGCUCAGUAGCCCGCUGCGUGGCCCCCGCGAUCCCGUGUUCUUCGGAAGCCGCUGGUUGCUGCAGAGUUGCGCGAAGUAGUCAUGGUGCUGUGGGAGUCCCCGCGGCAGUGCGGCAGCUGGACACUUUGCGAGGGCUUCUGCUGGCUGCUGCUGCUGCCCGUGACGCUGCUUAUCAUAGCCCGCCCGGUGAAACUCGCUGCUUUCCCUACCUCCUUAAGUGACUGCCAAACGCCCACCGGCUGGAACUGCUCCGGUUAUGAUGACAGAGAAAAUGAUCUCUUCCUGUGUGACACCAACACGUGUAAAUUUGACGGGGAAUGUUUAAGGAUUGGAGACACGGUGACUUGCGUCUGUCAGUUCAAGUGCAACAAUGACUAUGUGCCUGUGUGUGGCUCCAAUGGAGAGAGCUACCAGAAUGAAUGCUACCUGAGGCAGGCUGCCUGCAAGCAGCAGAGUGAGAUCCUUGUGGUCUCAGAAGGAUCCUGUGCCACAGAUGCAGGAUCAGGAUCCGGAGAUGGAGUCCACGAAGGCUCUGGAGAAAGCAGUCAGAAGGAGACCUCCACGUGUGACAUUUGCCAGUUCGGGGCAGAGUGUGAUGAAGAUGCUGAGGAUGUCUGGUGUGUAUGCAACAUUGACUGUUCUCAAACCAACUUCAACCCCCUCUGUGCUUCUGAUGGGAAAUCUUAUGAUAAUGCAUGUCAAAUCAAAGAAGCGUCAUGUCAGAAACAGGAGAAAAUUGAAGUCAUGUCUCUGGGUCGAUGUCAAGAUAAUACAACUACAACCACUAAAUCUGAAGAUGGGCAUUAUGCAAGAACAGAUUAUGCAGAGAACGCUAACAAACUAGAAGAAAGUGCCAGAGAACACCACAUACCUUGCCCAGAACACUACAGUGGCUUCUGCAUGCACGGGAAGUGUGAACACUCCAUCAGUAUGCAGGAGCCAUCCUGCAGAUGUGAUGCUGGCUACACUGGUCAACACUGUGAGAAAAAGGACUACAGUGUUCUCUAUGUUGUUCCUGGCCCGGUCCGGUUUCAGUACGUCUUGAUUGCAGCUGUGAUUGGAACAAUUCAGAUUGCUGUCAUAUGUGUGGUGGUCCUCUGCAUCACAAGGAAAUGCCCCAGAAGCAACAGAAUUCACAGACAGAAGCAAAACACAGGGCACUACAGUUCAGACAACACAACAAGAGCAUCCACAAGGUUAAUCUAGAGGGAGCAUGUUUCCCAGUGGCCGGACAGCCGACAGCCUGGACUACACAAUACAGCAUUAGAGACAAAAGAAUAAGACGAGAUCUACACAUGUUGCCUUGCGUUUGUGGUAAUCUACACCAAUGAAAACAUGUACUACAGCUAUAUUUGAUUAUGUAUGGAUAUAUUUGAAAUAGUAUACAUUGUCUUGAUGUUUUUUCUGUAAUGUAAAUAAACUAUUUAUAUCACACAA